AUGCCGUUUGGCUGCGUGACGCUGGGAGACAAGAAAGAUUAUAACCAGCCAUCUGAGGUGACCGACAGAUAUGACCUGGGCCAGGUCAUCAAAACGGAGGAGUUCUGUGAAAUCUUCCGGGCCAAGGAGAAGUCGACGGGCAAGUUGUACACCUGCAAGAAGUUUCUGAAACGGGAUGGGCGGAAAGUGCGGAAGGCAGCCAAAAACGAGAUCAUCAUCCUCAAGAUGGUGAAGCACCCCAACAUCCUACAGCUGGUGGAUGUCUACAUCACCCGCAAGGAAUAUUUCAUCUUCCUGGAGCUGGCCACUGGCCGAGAGGUCUUCGACUGGAUCCUGGACCAGGGCUACUACUCGGAGAAGGACACCAGCAAUGUCAUCCGGCAGGUGCUGGAGGCUGUUGCCUACCUGCACUCACUCAAGAUCGUUCACAGAAACCUCAAGCUGGAGAACCUGGUGUACUAUAAUCGCCUGAAGAACUCCAAGAUCGUCAUCAGUGACUUCCACCUGGCCAAGCUGGAGAACGGGCUCAUUAAGGAGCCCUGUGGCACCCCCGAGUACCUGGCUCCGGAGGUGGUGGGGCGGCAGCGGUACGGGCGGCCGGUGGACUGCUGGGCCAUUGGUGUCAUCAUGUACAUCCUCCUCUCGGGAAACCCCCCUUUCUACGAGGAGGCAGACGAGGAUGAUUACGAGAACCACGAUAAGAACCUCUUCCGCAAAAUCCUGGCUGGGGACUACGAGUUCGACCCGCCGUACUGGGAUGACAUCUCGCAAGCGGCUAAGGAGCUGGUGACACGCCUGAUGGAGGUGGAGCAGGACCAGAGGAUCACAGCGGAGGAGGCCAUCUCCCAUGAGUGGAUCUCUGGGAAUGCUGCCUCUGACAAGAACAUCAAGGAUGGCGUCUGUGCCCAGAUCGAGAAGAACUUCGCCCGGGCCAAGUGGAAGAAAGCCGUGCGAGUGACCACGCUCAUGAAACGCCUGCGGGCGCCCGAGCAGACGGACACGGCGGCAGCCCCGGCCCCGGCAGCGACCCCGGCCCCGAAAGCCGUGCGAGUGACCACGCUCAUGAAACGCCUGCGGGCGCCCGAGCAGACGGACACGGCGGCAGCCCCGGCCCCGGCGGCGCCCCCGGCCCCGGCAGCGACCCCGGCCCCGGCAGCGACCCCAGCAGCAACUCCAGCCCCAGCAACGACUACGGCCCCGGCAACGACCACGGCCCCGGCGGCGACUCCGGCCGCGGCGGCGACUCCCGCCGCUGCGGCCACGGAGCCCGCGGCCACGGAGCCCGCCACCGACACCGCCACGGCCCCGGAGCCCGCAGCCCCCGCCGCCACCGCCCCGGAGGCCGCAGCCCCCGGCACACCGCCCGCCGCCGCGCAGCCCCCGGCCGCCGGCACACCGCCCGCCACCACGUGUAACGAGGUCGGGGCCGCCGCCGAGCCCCCCAGCGAGCAGAGCGGCUGA